AUAACAAUCAAUGAUGGCGACCCGAAAACCACGAAUUCAACCUGGUCUGACAAAGACACAGGCACUACGACAGGCGAGAAGUGCCACUGUAGUAAAAGAGUAUGAACGGAAGGAAACAGCGCGACAACCACAACCAGUCCCCUUGGCAGGUCCUAGUAGAAGGCAAUAUACUCCAGCCGAGCCGAGGAGAGUCGACUUUGCCAGACCAACUAUGACAAAGGCGAUGAUGGCUCGAAUGAAGCAUGCGGAAAAGUUCAAGCAGGAAUAUGAACGUAAACGAGAGGAAGCUAUGCCACGAAGGAGGCCAAGAAGGACACCUGCACCAAUCGGUGGUGAUCCUAGACUUGGUAGAGAGAGACCACGAGCUAUUAGACGUGCCCCGACAGUGUCUCCGCCGAUUUCGCCUCCUAGAGUGAGAAGGCCAGAGAGAAGAGUGCCGGAACCGAUUCCGGCUAUCCCUGAGAGAACCAGGGAAUUAGCGAGAUCCAUGAAUGCCCAGGUAAUCCAAGCCGAGCCAGUAGGCGAGGGUCCAAUUGAUAGCAUUGUGAUACCACCGAGAUCAGUGAACGAGAAUCGGACCACUAUCGUCAGCAUCCCUCAACCACCUGUGGCCAUUGAACCGCCAUCUGAAAUAGCAAAUCGUUCGAUUCAAGUGAUCAAUGAAACUCUCGAUGAGAAUGAUGCUGCUGAAGCGGUCACAGUGCAGGGCAAGUUGGAGGACUUGCAACAAGCGAGACGAGACUUUGUGAUGGCUGUGGCGAAUGUCGGUGGUAAUGCCGUAAAACUCGCAGAAGAAGAAAGACCUAGAUACAUUUACAGAGUUCCUGACAUUGAAAGCGAGAUGUUCCGUAUCGAAUACGGUCGAGAACAUCCAGCCGUCGUGGCGGCACGCGAAUUCGCCCAAAGAAGUAUGGCCGGAAUUAGGGCGCGUGAGGCAGCUCGUCGAACUAAACGGGAAUUCGAGAGGAUAGCUCAGGAGCCAUUGCCGGAGGAUCUGCGUUUUGAUGUGCCUUUCGAGGAAGAGUUUUUACGUGAAGGCGACAUAUCCUGGGAAGAGGAGGAAGACAUACCAAUUGUGUCUAGGAUAAAACCCACGAUGCGCGACAUACCAAGGCGCGAGGCACCUUAUGAGUAUCCUCCAUUCGAUCCAGAGGAGCUAGAGAGAUUUUUCGACAUAGAACAGUAUCCAAUAAGUCCACUACGUGGACCACCACCUGGUCGCGAGCAUCUCCCACCGGAUCUUUGGGAAUUAGAGGAUCCUUGGGCAUUUGGCUAUCCACAGCCAGACAUAUCCGAUCUCAUUCGCUUCGAGAGCCCUUAGUCCUUCGUCUACCAUACAUGAUCUGAAGUGCGUACGUAAUGAGGGGAAUCAAUGAAGAUCGAUAAAUUAAGCCUUUAAACAUUUGUGAAACACAAGAAAUCAUCAUUUAUCAACAUCCGUCUUGCAU